ACAUAAAUAUACAUAUACAAAGACACGAUAUGGGCACAGGCACAGGUCUCAGGGAAGCAAAACAAAAUAAACUUUCAUUCAGAUUAGUCAGCACAACGGGUAUAGUUCGUUCACUAUUGUAUUCCUAAAAAUCGAAAAUAAAAGAUGUCACAGAAGGAUAACACAUCGCAGCCAGCGGAUGCUGGGAAUGCUCCGCAGCGUGAUCUGGCCAACGGAAGCUUCGGAUUGAUUCAGUACAGUUACCGCAAAACCAGUGAUGCCGCCAAAUAUGUCGCUCGUGGAAUCCAGCAAAGUUCCUAUACGGCCCAGGUUGUCGACGCAACCAACACAGUUGGCCAUGGCACCAUCGCUGCCGGCAAGCAACUGUACCAUAAAAUCAGCGAAAGUCCAAUCACCGAACAAGAACUCCAGUUGACAAAGUCGGCGGUAGGGAAUCUUGCCAGCGCGGGUUACAAUGCUGCUGCCGCAACGUACGAUGCAGGACAACAGGCCUAUCAGGUCGUAGCUACCAGCCCACUCACAGGACCAGUGGUUCGAUUCGGUGGGGCCGCUAUCGGCUCGACUCUCACGUGGAGCUUGAUGGCAUCGUCGGUUGCUAGCCGUGCCGGAAGAGAAGUCGCAAGGGCAUCAUGCAUUCGUAGCUCGAUGUGGAUUUUCAACAGUCUGCAUUUGCCCAACUCGAUGAGGGCCGCAGCUGUCUUCAUCGGCGUUAGAGCACAUGACUACAUCGCUUCCGGUUUGAUUCCUGGUCUGUUCACGGCUUGGGCGAUUUACGAUGGGUAUCGGGUUGCGCGCUAUUGUUACAAUAUGUAUCAGGACCACAACAAGAAACAGCUCCAGCAAUCCGAUCAAUUCGAGUAUUCUGUUCAGAAGUGGCGUAAUUUUUACGAGGAUGUGGCAGCUCAAAACAGUCGCAUCCUUUUCUUAGGAAUGUAUGCUCCUCAGUAAAUCCACAUCUAUCUCUGUUUUAAAUCUCUGAAAUGACCAAAUCAAAAUGUAAGCAUAAGAUGUUUUUUUUUUUAUCAGUAUGGUAAUCCUAAUGUAAAUUUAUACAAUAAAAACUUCAAACGUGUCCAAAAACAUA